AUCCUAUUAGCAACUUUCUGCUGAUGGCAAUUCAUUGAGUGAAGCUUUUAUACUUUCUCACCAGUCCAGUUCAGGCUAGCUUGUCUCAAGGCUACGACACUGCAUCCGUUUUCCAUGUGACCCUUUUUUGGGGGGAUUUGACGGUGAAUUGCUUAGUUUUGCUCCGAUUGACAAGGCCUGACCAUGUCUACAGAAAAGAAGCCAAAGAAGAAGAAGCCUGAGUCUGUGCCUGCCGAGUCUAACGGGACAGAAGCCAAACCCAAGAAGAUCAAGAGCAAGAAGAAUGGAGAUCUGACUGCAGAGAGUCCAGCCGUCCAGAAUGGAGAGAAAGUGAAGAAAAAGAAGCCAGAAAAAGAUAAGGAUAAGGAAAAAGAGGAGACUAAAGAGAAGGCAGAACCCAAAAAGAAAGCGAAGAGUGCACCAAAGAAGAAAAAAGGUUUAUCAGACGACGAUGAUGAUGACAGUGACGAGGAGGAAGAGGAGUCUCCUCAGAAGAAGACCAAGAAAAAGACUUCAAAGGACACUGAGAAGGACUCCAAGGAGAAGGACAAGAAGUCUAAAUCUAAAGAGGACAAAGAUUCAGACAAGGGAAAAUCAAAAAGCAAGAAGAAAGAGCCGGCCUCCUUGUUUCAGAUAAACGGGGACAAGCCGGAGAGUAAGAGCAAGAAGAAAGCUGCCAAAUCUGAGAGCAGUGAUGAAAGUGAACCUGAGACCAAAUCCAGUAAGACAAAAAAGAAGUCCAGCUCCAACGCCAACCCUGCGUCCAUGUUCCAGACGGGCGGAGACAAAGACAAAAGCAAAGACAAGGACAAAGACAAAGAAAAAGACAAAGACAAAGACAAGGACAAGGACAAGAGCAAAGACAAGGAUAAGAAGAGCAAGAAAAAGUCCAAAGCGGAAGACAGUGACGAGGAGUCGGAGUCAGAGGUCACCCAGAAGAAGAAGAAAGGCAAAGGAAAGAAAGGGAAGAAGGAGGAGAGAGUACCGUCGCCCGUCAUUGAGUUUGACGACCUGGAGGAGUUUGUCUUGCAACCAGCCCAGCAAGGCGUGACGGUGAAGUGCCGUGUGACACGUGACAAGCGGGGCAUGGACCGUGGCUUUUACCCCACCUACUACCUCCACCUGGACAAUGAACAGAAGCAGGUAUUUUUACUAGCGGGAAGGAAAAGGAAGAAGAGCACAACAUCAAACUACCUGAUUUCCAUCGACGCCACCGACCUCUCCCGAGGGGGCGAGAACUUCGUUGGGAAGCUAAGAUCCAACACCAUGGGAACCAAAUACACCGUGUUUGACAACGCCUUGCAUCCAGACAGAGCGCUACCAGACUUGUCCAACGCUCGGCAAGAGCUGGCUGCCAUUGUUUACGAGACCAACGUGCUGGGCAUGAAGGGACCCAGAAGGAUGACCGUCCUCGUCCCCGGGAUGGACAAAGAUGGAGGCCGCGCGCCCGUUAGACCCCGCAAUGAUAACGAUGGCUUACUGACUCGACACCAGAACCGGAACACGGAUAACAUGAUUGAGCUCCACAACAAGACGCCGGUGUGGAACGACGAGACGGCUUCUCACGUUCUCAACUUCAACGGACGCGUCACUCAGGCCUCCAUCAAGAACUUCCAGAUCGUCCACAGUAAAGACGUGGACUACAUUGUGAUGCAGUUCGGGAGGGUGGCUGACGACGCCUUCACGCUGGAUUAUAACUACCCCCUGUGCGCAGUGCAAGCCUUUGCCAUCGCCCUCUCCAGCUUUGAUGGCAAGAUAGGCUGCGAGUGAGCCAGGCGCCCCGAGUGAGCCAGACGCCCCGAUCUACCCAUACACAGCUUCCCCUAACCCUGAACUCACACAGUAGAAGAGCCCUUUAAACUCAGGUCUGCACGCUCCACACCAAGAUCAAGAAAAAUGUAUGAGAUGGAUCACUAGUGACCCCUAGUGGACAUGAGUGGACAUGCUCAUCCUUUCCCACCCAUGGAGGAAUGGGAGGAAGCCAGGAGUUCUGCUGGUUAUGUCAACCAGUAAAAGCCCUGUUCCAGUGACUGGGGUUGCUAAGGGACAUCGCACUGACUCAGAAUCUUAUGUACGUUGGACUGACUUGCCUGUGCUGAAUUCAGAUGGAGUUUGGGCAGAUUACAUCAAUCUCUCAGCAUGUCGAUGCCUGUUGCAUCUACCUUAGAUAAUAUGUGGUUUAUUCUGACAAAUUUGUUCUUUCAGUUAAACUUAUGAUUCUGCAAAGUCAUAAUGUGAUGUUCUUCUAUAUGUAGUGCAUGGAUAUCUAACUGCACGAAAUGUUCAUCAAUGUGCAGCCCACUUUGAGAGGGAUAUUCCUCCGCUGAUCUAUUUUAUGAGAAGCAUGUGUCUUUAUUUUGACAUUUUGAUCAUAUUUAUUUUUGUUCUCUGUUCAUGCUUGUGUUUAAAAAUGUAUUCCCAUAUUCCCUUGCUCAGAGGGUGUGUGUCUAGACGUGUGUGUGUGUGUGUGCGUGUGUGUGUGUUUGUGAUCAGGUGGUCUAAAUGUUAGUGGGAUAAUAAAAAGCCUGUUCCCUGGUUGUGCACUCUCUCGUGUAAUGGAAGGAACUGUCUCACCAGCCAUUGACCUGGUACGCGUAUGACACAACUAUGGGCAGGUCAUAGAGUAGAAUAGUGUUACAGAACCUAGGUGUUUGAUUGGGUCCUGUCACUUGCCUUUUGUAUGUGUAGAUAGAUAGAUAGAUAAAUAGAUAGAUAGAUAGAUAAAUAUAUAUAUAUAGAUAGAUAGAUAGAUAGAUAGAUAGAUAGAUAGAUAGAUAGAUAGAUAGAUAGAUUACUUAAUUGACUCCUCAAGGGAAAUGGCAGUAUUGCAGCAGCAGCAAUUCACCAAAAAAAACAUACAAAACUUACACCACCCACACCACUUAUACUGAGGCAGAUAAAACACAGUAUUAACAAAUGUAUAUAUAAAACUAUUAUGUUACUAGAUAAAAGAAACAGAAUUUGAGAUAAAGUUCAGACGGAUUCAUUGUAGAACGUGCAUUGUGCAUUGCCACUCACUGGAUACGCUUCCUCUCCCAGCACAGAGUGGAGUCAUUAAGCCCGUAUAUCGCAGCACAAAGCCAGCCUUCUUCGUCAGCAUGUUCAGUUUCUUUCUUAUAUGUGACAUGUUGGUUUUUUUGUCAUGUCUUUGUAAGAGGAAGAUGUGUUAUUACUACAGAUGGUUAUCCAUCGAUCCUUCUGUUUGAUGCCCAUACUCUUGAGGUCAGAUUCUUUACAUUGCAUGUGGUAGGAAAAUGUAAAUCGAAGUAAAUAGGAAAGGUUUAGUACAAUUCAACAUGAGCAUUAUAAAAUGCAUUAAAAACAUUUGCAAAAUAAAGAUGCAAAUAUGUUGGUG